AUGCUGAGCAUGCGAAGAGGCCGUUCCCGCAGCUGGCUGCCUAUUCCCGUUGCCCUGGCUGUGGUGGCCGUGUUCGCGCAGCUUGGAGCAACCUUCGUCGGCGCGCGACUGCCAUCCAGGGCCGUGCCCAAGCCACCAACAGUUCGCCUGGCUGGCGAGAACCUCUUCGAGCGAUUCGCUCGAGUUGCUAAGGCAAAUGUGAACAAGGUUCUUCAGGGCUUGGAAGAUCCGGAGAAGGUCCUCGAUCAGGCCUUAGAUGAGAUGCAGGGCGACCUCAUCAAAGUGAGGCAGUCUUACGCCGAGGUGCUGGCGACGCAGAGAAGACUGCAGACCCAGAAGGAGCAAGCUGACAAGAUGGCCGAAGACUGGUACAAGCGGGCGGAGAUGGCAGUCGAGAAGGGCGAUGACGAGCUUGCGAAGGAAGCCCUUACCCGAAGACAGACCUCCGUAACCAAGGCCAACGACUUGGGGGCCCAGAUCGAUGCCAUGACAGGGAACGUGGAGAAGCUCUUCGAGUCCGUCAAGGCCUUGGAGGCGAAGAUCACUCAGGCCAAGGAGGAGAAGGAGCAGCUCAUCGCACGUGCACGCACGGCCAAGACGACUGCUCAGGUCAACGAGAUGCUCUCCGAUGUAACCAGCGUUGGUUCUACUGGGGCGUUUGACCGCAUGAAGGAGAAGGUCGAGAUGCUGGAAACCCGUGCAGAGGUCUCGCAGGGGCUGCUGCCAGAGGCGCAGGCGAGCGGCAGCCUUGAGGACCGCUUCAAGCAGCUGGAAGCGGGUAGUGCGGUUGAUGACGAGCUCGCCAAGAUGAAGGGCAAGAAGGCCUUGACUGAGAACAGCGCCAUCGAUGACGAGCUUGCAGCCAUGCGAAAGAAGCUGCAGGACACACUUGGCGAAGUCAAGGGGCACCCUUGCAGACAGUCGUGA